AUGGAUGGUCUGUUGACUGCCGUCAAUACGGUUAAGAGAGACGCAGAAACACCUUUGGUGACCUCUUCAGAGUCAGCUCAACAGCAAAAGCCUUUUCCCACAUCAGAUUUAUAUUCCAAUCAUGAUGAUCUAUCACCAGACCAGAUCAUAAGCGUAUUGCGGUCCAACCCAGACCGCGAACAUCUUUCUGUUAUUCUGGCUGCCCUUGAUCCAUUCAACAAAUUUUCCAAAGCAAAGGAUGUCGAUAUCAGGAUCCCCAGUCCGACCACAGCCCAGAUCCUCCAGGUUUUAGUCAGCGCCACGAUACCUGACCACUGGAGAUCGUUCGAUGCAAAGGAGAGAAAGACCAAAGACAGCAAGACUCGAGCAGCAUUAUUGAGAUGCCUCAGUAGUGUGGCCGGUCUCGGGUCCAUCGUGGCCCAGGUACGGUCUCUGGUGGCCGCGGCUCGCGGCUCGAUCAAAGAAGGUCAAGGCUCGGCCAGUCAACAUGUCAUCCAAGAUAUUCUUACCGUCCUUGCUGUCUUAUUGGAGCCUAAAGACUUCUUGUCUCGUCUGUAUGCAGACAUUUCAGUCGUCUAUGACCACAAGACCCGGCAGCAAGUGGCUUGGAGAGAGCUCGCCUCACUCGUUGCUGCGGGUCGAAUUCUGUCCACGGCAGCGGAGGCACUCACUCUCGUGGAUGAUUCAAAGCCUUUAUCAUCAAUUUCCUGGACUGGAAAUGGCUCUCAAUAUGCAUUAUGGCUUGGCGACAAUGUCUGUCAUCUGGUCUCGAAGCUGAAACGCGAGGACGAAAAUGCCUGGGGCUUUGCCGCUUUUCUCCUUGGGCGGGCAUUAAGUCUUGGAUACACAGGUAAUUCCUUGCAAACAACUUCACAUCUAAUUUUCAACACUGACCCUCUACCAGAUCAGUUAGUUAGGAAGAUUUACUUGGGACUUUUGAUCGAACCUUGCAUCCCAGACCAUUUUGGCAUGCUUCUGGAUCAUCUCAGGCAGUCUGAGCAGCUUGCGGUUGUUGAGGCUAUUUUCCGUGACGUGCAAAAGAAACAUUUCUCAGAAGAAUUGGCGGGUACAAUCACCCAGCCAUUUGCUCCAGAUGAGAUUGUCAAAGGGGUAGCGGCAUUAUGUGCGACCAUCAUUGGCAAUCGCCCGUUCUUGAAGAGUCAAAUAUUGGAAUGGCUCUCGAAAAGCCAAGGUGGUUCAAUACAAACACUAGGGCUGCGAAGGGCUCUCUUAGCUACUCUUGCUAACCAGGAGGGUGAGUAUGACCACUAUAGCAGUCAGUCAGUUACUAAUGUCAGGCAAGAUGCGCUCAAGUCUCUUCUCGAACGCGGUCUAGAGCAAUUUGGCGAUAAGUUUCACAUUAAACAUCUUCCGAUCAUAACACAGAAUGCCAACGCUCAAUUGGUCCUUUUGGCUGCGGGUCAUCUUCGUCGCCUAAGUCCAGCCCAGCUGAAGGAUAUAGGGCGAACAGGGAUCUUCCUCAAUUCAGUCUCUAAUCGACUUGCGUCAUCUUCAAACAGAGCACGAUUCCUGGGCAUGAUUGUUGGAACAGGGAUGUCUAGGCUCAUCGAAGAACCGGGCAAGGCGAUGGAGUUUGAUCUGGAAGAGAUGCGAGGAGAAGAGGCACAUCGGUACUUGAGCCUAAUCACAGUCCAAGAUGAGGUUGGAUCGUUGGAGUCCAUCAGGUCAAUUCAAGACCUACGCCAACUCCCGCAACCGAAAGUGAAAGCUACCCUUUCCAAACGUACACCGCAGGCAAAGAGUCGCCCACAAACAGGCAAGAUUGUGGCUAUUGAGGAGAUUGAUGACAGCGACGAGGGAACAGAUGAGGACGAGGACCUGAUCCCAUAUGAAAAACCCGACGCUGAUGCCUCUGAUUCGGAUGAGGACCCUACUUUGGUCCAACGUAACAAGCCUACAGCGCCAGUGUACAUCCGUGAUCUAAUCACCUGCCUCCGAGAUAUUGAAAAUGUCGAGCGUUAUCACCUCGCCAUCGCUACUGCACCGUCCUUAAUCCGCCGCAAGACGGGGUUCGGAACCGAACUCAUCGAACAGACAGAGGAGCUGGCGCUCAUACUUGUUGGUCUACAAAACGACAGCAAUGCCCCACAGUUUCACGAGUCACGUCUUCAAAGCAUGAUUGCAUUGAUCGUGUCCCAGCCACUAAAGAUGGGCCGUUGGUUCACUGCCAUCUACUUCGACGGCGAUCUUUCCCAGGUUCAACGCUCUGCCGUCCUCACAGCCCUGGGCUUGAGUGCUCGCGAGAUAGCCGGCAACGGAGAUGAUGAUGCUCGAAUGCUGGGUCUGCCAGCUAAGGGGGAUACUUCAUUCCCAUCCAAGCGUCUGACUCCUGCUCAGGAAGCAAUUUACUCGAGCACCCCCACUGAAUCUCCCAUCGCAACCCUCACAAGAGAAAUGUCUCGGUCCUCCCUUCAACCGCUCGCCGCCGACGCAGCAGAUGUCAUCACGGGACCGAACGCGCUCAAAGUACGCACCUUUUCGUCCCGCAUGGAAGUGGAGAAGAAGCGCCAGGAGCGUGAUGCGCAGCGCCAGAAGUCAAUUAUCAAAGACCUACACAAGGUGUUGGCUGAAGGGUUCUUCUACCCCCUCCAAGGCCGGUUUGAGGUUAUGAUGCUACAGUUUUCCUCAUCAUCCGCUUCCUCAUACAACCCCUUCUUCAUCCCACAUCUCCUCACUCUCUUCCUACAAACCCUAUCUCUCACCCUCACAACGGCAGGCCCCCACACACCCUUCCUGGCAGGCCUAACACACGAAACGCUCUCCUUGCUCCUCUCACUACACUCAACAAACGUAUCCAGUGAACCAACCGUCACGGCGGCGCUCCUCUCGCUCUUCCUAGCCGUGAUAGAUCUGAACGUUGCCUCCGGAUCGAACGGCGAGGAGCGUCUGGUCACCGAGUACGCGACGCAGGUGAUUGAGUUGCGCGAAUGGGCUUCCCAGGUCUUUGAUCGGAUGCCGCCGGUGUCGAAAUCCGAUGCCAAGGAUGAUCCGCAGGAGCAGGUGCGCACCCUCGCUGCUGGGAUUAUGGUCCGGACGGGGGAGGUUAUGGAGCGGUACCAGGGACGGUUGAUGGGUGUUAAUGCAGGAUUCAGGUACUGA